UCUUCUGUGCCGACGCAUUGUUAAAGUCUGUAUUCAAAUUUUUAUUGCUGGAAUAUUUCUAAUAUCUAAACUUAAAUUCUAUAACAUUAAAAAUGCGGGUAGAUAUUCAAUGUCUACGUGGAUUGGCAAUAUUAUUUGUGUUUCUAUUUCAUUUAUUCCCAUUUACUUUUGUCAAUGGAUAUUUAGGAGUUGAUAUAUUCUUUGUGAUAUCGGGGUACCUGAUGGCUCGGAACUUGACACAUUCAAAAAUUCAAAACGUCUGGGACAUUUUCAAAUUCUACUACCGUCGAUUUCGUCGGAUACUUCCACUUUACUAUUUAUUUAUUCCUGUAACUCUUGUAUUUGUUCAUUUAUUUCUUGGAGAAUUUUGGUGGGGUGUCAAUAGAAGAUACUCUGUUGGAGCAUUUUUCUUGGUUUCAAAUCAAGUGUUCAUUCACGAUGCUCAUCAAUAUUUUCAUCAGUACCUGGCAGAUGGAACAUCAAUAAAUGCUUUCAUUCAUACAUGGUCCCUGGGAGUUGAAAUGCAAUUCUACUUACUUGUUCCAUUCAUUAUGUUUGGACUUCAAUUCCUCAAUAGUCCACUUCUAAAAUUGAUUGCUGUAAUUCUCACAACAUUCAUUGGAAUGUGGGCUUUUUUGCUGAUCAAUGCACAGUUUUCUUUCAAUUUCAUGUUCCUACGUCUAUGGCAAUUUUCCGCAGGAUUCACUGCCCUGUUUUGGCGGGAUUUUGAAAAAUGUGAGAAAGCGAAGAGCACUAUGAAAAUCGGGCAAGAACCAUCCAGUACCUAUCAAUUUCUGCGCAAGGAUGAUGUUGCAAUUUGCACCAUAGCAAUACUGUUUCUAUGUAUUCUACCAGCUAAAUUGGAUGAAAUUUAUCUUCGCCCGCUGAUCACUUUAACAGCGGCUUAUUUAUUCUACUUGGAGGACAGCAGUUGUAAACUACUUAGAUCCACGUUCUUAAAAUAUAUGGGUGACAUCUCCUACGUUUUGUAUCUAGUUCACUGGCCAGUUAUUACAUUUUUCAAGAGCACAACUGUUACAAGUAAUAUAUUUUGUAUUGUUCUCACAUUUAUCAUCACCAUAAUUGUUCAUCACUUCUUCGAGAAGCAAUAUCUUAAAUUUGAUUUCAAAUCAAUCAUAUUGUUGCUUACUUUCCUUCUGGCUGUCAAUGCCUUUGUCCAAUGGAGUACCAGAGAACAUCAGUUCUGGAAACCUACCUAUAUACCUAGAACUCAAAAAAUUGUGGAAGAAAACUUGGCAAUGCUCCCAUUUAUUUCUGCAUAUGAACCAAGAAAAGACAAGUGCGUGGAAACAAGUUUUCAGGAACUUGUUGACAAUGGAUAUGUAUUUGAUUACUGUAACUAUCCAAAGGCAAACGGAAACCUCUCUGUAAUGGCGCUUGGUAACAGUUAUGUGCUCAAUUUCAAUGACCAUAUUAGAUCCCAAUUCAAUUACAACUAUUCAGAAUGGAGAUCUUUGUUCGUCAGAGAUAGUUUCGGAUUUUUUUAUGAUGGCGAGGCUGCCGCGUUACGCGGAUCUCACAGUAAAUCAUCACUGGUUACAAUGAGAAACCUAGUACAACUACACAAGCCAGAUAUACUGUUUCUCAUUUCUAGGUACUCAGACUAUGUGAAGGGUCCAAUUUUGAAUGAAGAAACCGAUAGAACUCUGGAAAAAAUGAAUAACAAUAUUGCGUUUUAUGAAAAAUAUGUUCAGAAAAUCUAUAUCCUCGCACCACAUCCCCUGUAUCCUUUGAAUUUCAUGAAUUCAUUCCUGCAGUAUGUUACCAGAAAACCGAGAGAACUAGAAACUCUCCAUCUAAAGAAAGAUGAGGUGGAUGAAGAAUGGAUGUAUGCAAGGGAACGGUUCAGUCUGAUUAAAUGUAAAAAGUGCAAGGUGUUCGAUCUCGGUGAGGUUUUUCUUGAUAAUGAAAAGUAUUUGACAUUUGAUCGGCAAACCAAACUUUCCUACGUGGAUAACGGCAUUCAUUUGACUGGUCCAGCAGUGAAAAAAUGUGAUCCUGUGUUCAAAAAUAUAGCAACGGAAGUGAUGAUGACUGUGAAAAGAAGAUGA